CUUGCCUGCUUGUCCCCAGGCAGCGGUCCUCCUCCGCCUUCAUCAUCUGGGAACCAAUUGGAAUGGAGACCAUCACUUGAAAAUAUGUAAACAUCACCACCUUUUGCAGCUAACCAUCUCGGCUCCAGUCCCCUCAGCAGCGCCCACCCCCACCUCCCACUCCACUCCAACUCAUGAAUCCGUCCUCCUCAGUCAUCUUCGAGCUUCUGCCGAGUAGGAGAGCUCAUGAACGUCUGUCUGUUAACCCAGCCACCGGAGGACCUCGAAAGUUUCAUAUCCGUCGUCUCUUCGAUCUCCUCCAGCUCUGUCUCUUGCGACGACAGCACGAUCAGGCCAGGCAGAUUUGGGCUGUCCUCGUAAGAUGUCGCGAGGUGGAUUUUGCCAUGCUUUGGGACCUCGGUCUUCGUGUCAUGCAUCUUCCCCACCCCACUCCGCUCGCUGAUGAUUCGACAAUCGAUAGUCACCUCAACUAUAUGAAGGCCUGCAGAAACCUCAGUGAUCAGGAAACUGCCAAGGUCUUGAUGGAAUACAUUUCGGUUUUGGUUUCCGUCGGCAGACUCAGAGACGCACUUGAUGAGCUCCAGCUCUGGCUAUCAUCCCUCCCCUGUUCUCAGCAUGCUGGUCUCCAUGAAUAUGCUGGACUGGUCACAUUAUCGAUCAUCCCCCCUCCUCAACCUCCUGAUGAUCCAGAUGAGUUCGACCCAAAGCCGCUCAAAAUCAACGGUAUGCGUUGUUACUCGCUCAGAGCUUCCACACCACCUCCAAUAUCAAUUGAUCCACAGAUUCUGGCUCAUGUUGCCCUCAUCUAGAAUACCUGGAAGCCAUUUCGGAAAAUGUGAUGUUUGGAAGAGCCAAGGCCUACUUCGAAAGAGCACAGUCACUCGACUCCAACUGCGUCAUAUCCCCUGCCUAUCUUCAACUUAUGAACAACUGUUCUCAUGCCCAGGAUGAUGACGAUGAAAACGAUCAGAUUUGAACCCCUCUCAAUCCCGGCUCAUUCGAAGCCCCUUCUCUGACAAACAUUUCGCCUCUCUCCAGCUUCGAGUCCCUUGAUUCACGUCAUCGUUACUCCGAGCAGUGAGAUUGAGGCGUUCAUCCACCUUAGAAGGGGUCAAAAUGAUAAUUUUUAUAGCCAAGAUCAAUCUAAUAUGCCAUUGAUAAGGUCGCGAAGAGCUUUGAUUCCUCCACGGUUACUUCGCAUCUACCCACAAUGUCAACAUUUCUUCUCCGCUCCUUCCUCUUCUUCAUGAGUCGUUGUCCACUAGUUGAUUGACAAGUAGCAUAGAAGUCGUAAUAUAGCCAAAUCAUCUCUCAAACCGCGUCCCCCUCUCCAUCCAUUCUCGGUUCUGCGUCUCGUAUCCCUUAAGUCGACCUGCCUACUUUUCUUUGACACAGCUAUGGCGGUUGGAUGCUCGAUCGUUGUCUCGACAUCACUUGCAUCCAACCAAUCCCAACCUGGCUUCUAGUGUCACUCUAUAGGCAAAGAUUCAAGUUUCAAUUCUUUGGAACAUCCACCUCUUUUUCGCUAUCGCCCGUACUAGUCUGCUCGAUGAUGAUCGGUGAUUGAUAGUAGAGGUUGAACAUCUCAUUUCCUUCUCUCUCAAAUCCUUUGUACUUCAACACCUACAUCAUUCUUGUAAAUAGACAGUUUUUGAGUUGAAAUAUGUACUACGCCAACCACUUUUGCAAUAACAGCUGUUCCUCAAAUUGUUCUUC